AUGAUUGUAGCCCUUCAUCGGUUCGCCAGAUUGUACACGGACCCCAUGGAGCUUGGGAAAGACAUCUCCGACAGUGCCAAGCUCAGGGAUGGCUUUGGGCUCUGCAGGAUUCCAGAGAACCUGAUAAAGGUGCUGCUCAAGACACAUGUCAGAAGCAGCAACAUGGGGGUGGACGACUUUGGGCUGGGUGUUCUCUUGGAGACCAAGCAGGUCCCCCAUAUCAUCGGCACUGAGCAGGGGAGAACCAGUGCCUGUCCGCAGCUGGGGCUGGAGCUGCCACCCCAGGGCACCCCGGGGGAGCACAUCCCUAAGGGGUGCACAGGAGUGCCCCUGUUCUACAGGCCGACAGCCUACAGGAUCCUGGUGCAGGAAAGAGGUGCCCCCAUCACGUACUCAGGAGGCCACAUGGCCCUCAAGAGCCAGUGCCCAGAGGUGAGGGACUUUCUCGGGGACCACUGUCUUCUGGAGCAUCCUCUUGGCGGGUUUGCUUUGGUGAAAGGGUGGAAGGCCCACUGCGGAGGAAACGUUAUCUUCAGAAGAAGCGCCAGGAGUUCCAACGUGCCCAUGAGCAAAGCUGCAGAAACCUCCAUGAUGGGGGCAGACGAAGCUACAGGUGUGGGCACGUCUGCCCCCAAAAACGUCCAGGUUCCUAACGGAUACAGCCGCGUCAUCCGGAGGGAAAAGUAUGAGAAAAGAAUUGAACAUCUCAUGGUGCAGCCAGAGGAAGGUGAAAAAGCCAAGUGUGUGGGUGACCCCAGGGCCCGGAUCAUCACACAGGCAGCUCUUGAACACGAGGAUGGCAUGUGCACCACCUGGGGCAUAGGAAUCCCACUCCUGCCCAGCCACUACAUCAGCCCGGAUGUAACUGUUCAUCUUCACUGUGAAAAUGGGAUCCUGGGCUUCCUUCCGUUUCCAUUAAAAGAGGAGGUGGAUGCAGAUCUCAUCACUGCGGGUGAGCAGACGGUCACAUUUCCCCCCGGGGGAUGUUUUUUCUCCCGCGAAGACUCGUCUGUAGUAAUUCGGGGACACCUCCACCUCACCAUACUGGGAGCCGUACAGGUUUCCUGUCUGGUGACGGCUAACCGGGUCACCCCCGGUAAGAAGGGGAGCGGCCCGGAGGGAGCCAUGGAUUUGGUGUCCAGCACCAAGGCCAGAACGGUGGUCACCAUGCAAUGCCACACCAAGGACAAGGGACCCCACGUCUUGGAGAAAUGCACUGGGCCGCUGACAGGGCGCUGUGCGGACAAAGCCAUCCCCAAGAAGGCUGCGUUCCACGUGCACGGGAAGAAAGGCCCCACGCGGAUCGAACUCUGGGAUGGCCUGAUGGUGGACGACGUCAAAAAGAGCUCGGAGCCCUUUGCCCUGUCCCCAAACCUCAGACCCACACAGCAGGUGGCAGCCUGA